AAGUUCUAUUUUUAUGGCUGGUGUGAAGGCACUUAUUCAAUUGCCAUAGCAGACAAAUGGAAUAUACCAUCUAGCGUUUAAUAGCUGGCAAAUUCUCAGCUAUGUAGUCCAAGUGGUAUUGGAAAUUCUACAGGUAAUGUGGAGUUAAAGGAUGUGACUCACCCAUGCUUAUGGUUUCAAAAUCAGUUCUCUACAGCAUGGAACAGCUUCACCCUGAUCAGCCCUAAUGUCAGUAAAGGGGACCGAAUCCCUCCCACAGUGUGAUUUUUAACAAAAUUUGGUGCAGAUAAGUUCAUCAGAAAUCAUCAAAAAUGGGAUUCUGUUUGUACUCAGAGGAAUCUAUAAGAUGAUGCUUUUGCUCUGUGUCUCAUUUUAUGCAAAACAGUUUAUUUUUUUAAUUUCUUCUUGGAACAUCUUCAAUAUGAUAGAAUAUUUAAAGUGCAUUUUUAAAUAGUGGCUGGCAAUCUGUGAAACACCAUUUUAGCAUGAAUGAAAUCAUAUGCUACUAAAAUACUCCUUAUACUAGGAAACUGAGAUAAAUUGAAAGUAGCACAGCUAAAAAAGGGAGGGCAACAGGUGUUUUAUUAGACAGCAGAUAUCAGCUUUUUUUACAUGUGUAGAAUAACUGAUACUUCAUCCUAAAAAUUGUUAUAAAUUUGCGUGUUUCUACUACUGAAUAUCAGUAAGUCGCACUGUUACUAAUUUAGUGCAUGUUCCUUUAAGGUGUUUUUGAUGAAUAAAACAUGAUACGCUCUUCUAGCAUAUCACCAGUUUCGUAAUGUGGUACAGGAUUGAAAGAAUUUUGCUUGAGUACCAGGCAUUUGAUGACUAAGAGUAUGCUGGAAAAGGGAACAAGGCAGGUUGUACUCCUGCACAAAAAAACCUGCAUUCUGUAAUUACAGAGAUGACUGUAAGGUGCAUGUGCAGCCUGUUAUAAAGAAGUAUUUUUUGUGUUGCAGUAAAUGGGAGAGUAAUUUUCUUAGAUACACAGAUCUUAGUCACCUACUUAGUGAAUAAGAGCAGUGUGAUUUACCUCUACCCAAAAUUUAAAAUGCUUUUGACUGUUAAUUUGAGCAAGUCUCCAAAGUGAAGCAUCCUGGAUGCCAAUUUUCCCACUGUUUAAAACUGGGAUCCUCCCUAGUUUAUUGCUGUAAUUUACAGAACCUUUUAAGAUGUGCUGUUUAAACCCAUGUUGUUGGGAGUUUUAGCACCAUAGACCAAAUAAUAAAUAGAUGGUAAAAUGGUUUCAGUAAAAUCAUUCAACCUGAUGUUUUAAAUUUAAUGUUCUGUAUACAGAAUGCUGUAAUAUUCUCACAUCCUAAAAAUAUGGUACCUUCCAUAAAGUAGUAGUUUCAGGUGACUAAUCAUUGUGUAAAGCACAGAACUGAUAUUUAAAUGCAAAUCAGGGGCCUUUAGGUUUGUGCAUUUUUGGUAUUUUAGCAUGAUUCACAGCACACCCCUUAGGAAUGUGCAUAUUAAGCAAAGGUGAUUCCAUUUUCUUUUGUAAAAUGUGUAUAAUAAUGUAGAUUUAACUAGAAACAUUGACAUUUUAAAAAUAUGUGUGCAAUGAAUACAAAAUAUAAAAUGGUUUGAAUUCAAUUUGCAAAUGCAUAUACUAUUUAAACUGAGUACAACUGAAGUGUCAGUCUGGAAAUGUGGAGUGUCAGAGCCAUCUGGAAAACACACCCCUGGGCUAUUCAGACAUCAUUUCUGUCCAAGACCCUUGCUGUCAUGGCUAUUGAAGAUCUUGCAUGUCUUAAGAUUUUCUGUAGAGAGCCUUUUUUAGGCUUUGCUGUAAUGGCAUGUAAUGAAGGCACUCAUGCUACCUAAAUACCAUCUGUCCAUACAAAGCAGAAGAGGGUCUUACGAUCUCAGGGACACCCUGACUCCAUGGAAACUGAAGCAGAAUAUUUGUAGUGACUUUACUGGAGCCAGGAUUUUCUGUAUCUUCAAACAAAUACUUUCGCAGUAAUUGGAUCUGGACCUGGAGAUCAGUAUCAACUGCUGAUGUUAUCGAGCAGUACUGGUGAUGCUAUUGAGCUGUAGAACAUUAUUUGCCAUAAUGGUUGUGAUCAGAGACAAAUCUCUCUUCCCUGUCAUUCCAAAGGAGAUAUACAGGGAGGAACCCUCAAUCUUUUCAGGAACACAUCAACAGAAGAGAAAAUGGUCAGUGUAGUCAGAAUUGCAGUCCCGCUUUUCACAAACUCUUUGGGUGAGAGCCCAUAGUCUGCCCUGAAAUUACACUGCAGUUAGAAAGACGGCCUCACCAGAUACCUAACUAAUGGUGUAGCUGCCCAGGUCACUGCUGGAGAAAAGGCACUGUGGGUAAAAUAUCUUUGCAGUUUAGUCAUUUCAAAGUAUGAAAAGGUCUUUUGAGGCCACAAGGGCAACUGCUGGUUUCCUGAGAUUUGCACUGAUUAGAUCAAUCCUGGGCUAGGGCCAGAAGGUGAAAGGGUGAAGAAGGAUGAAAACUUGACUUCAGACCUUCACGUCUCUGUUUGUCCUGCAGUCUCUGUGUCUUUGCUGAGCCAAGAGAAUCUAGCAAUGUGCCUAUACAGGAGAUCUGGGUUAGAGACACCUCUAUUUGGAAUUUAAAAACAUAAAAUAUACCUUAAAAACACAUUUUGAAAUAUAAAAGCAAGAGAACCCUUUUUCAAGCACAUGACAAUAAAGAUACUCUGUGUAAUCAUUCUGUAACUCUCCAGUUUUCUCCAUUUGUUCAAGUGACUGUGCUAACAGUCAAUCAAAGAAAUCAUGUAGGCAGUACAUGUGUGUGACACAGCUACAGAACAUAAAAUUUUAAGCUGAAGAAAUUAACCUCUCUUGUGAUACUUCAAGAUUUAUCUACUAAUUGCUUGCCUGUGGCUUAAAAAAAUUCACAAAAGCUAUCUGAAAUCACACUAGGAAAUCCUCUGAGUUCAGUCAAAUCUCUGAUUUAGUCAGCUUCAGCUAUCACUGCCAUCACCAAUGCAUCUAUAAAUACAUCUGCUUUCACAGCGUACACAUUCUGAAAUUUGCCCGUUGCCUCCUCAGAAGUGCAGAGCUAUCAUUGCUAUUAGACAAGCCUGGCUUGACCAAAGCCAACAUGAACCCAGCCUAACGGGCCAAGCCCAUCCCUUGUUGUUAGUUUUGAUAGUUGCUGCUAUCAUUUGAUAGUUUGCUUGUAGCCUGUCCAAGUUGGCAGUGUCAGCCCAAGCUGAUUGGAGCUGCAGACAUUUUUGCUGACUGGAGUCAUGCUAUCUUUGCCAGUUUGCUGGAAUAGACACAGACACUGAUUGGGUCAUGCUGAAAACAUUCCUGUCCUAUGAAGCAAGUCUGUUUGUAUUUUAGGUUUGCCAGGACUAAUGAAUUAAAAAUCUUGGGCUCGCCACAGUUUGCUGCUUAAUAAUGCCUGUGACAGAAGGAUUUUUUCUUCACUGAAGCGUGACAGCAUCAUAAUCCCUCGUCACUGGCAAGGAGAGGAAGGAAAGGUGGAAUUGUGGAGAAAAGCGGAAAAGGGUGAUCUUUUGGGACAGCAAAGCCUAUGGGAAGUGCAGGUAGCAGCAUGUUGCCCUGACAGCUGUCUCAGCUUCUCAGACCUUGUCAGUUUGUUGCUAUGCAGCAGGUGCAGCCUUUUCUUUUAUUGAAGCUUUACUCCAUAAAGGCAACGACAAGCCAAGGCAGUGGCUGGCCCUGGAUUAUACAAGUGCAGACACUCCGCUAAGUGAGGGUUUCAUCUCAGUAAAACUACUUUUUGGGAUUGGUGGUCUCAGAAGAAAGACUGAGGACUGAAUAAGGUCCUGAUCCAGGAGUCAAACCCAUGCAGACAGACCCCUACACCUGCACAGAGUUCCACUGAAGAAUCACCACCAAGCUGGAACAAACAGGUAAAAGCAUUGACUCAAGUGCCCACAUGAUCACCACCGCCAGGGUACCUGCUGAUAAACCAGUACGAAUUGCUUUCAGCCUGAAUGAAUCCCCAGAUGAUGCUUCCUCUGAAAACUUCCCUCUGACAUUUCCAGAACUAGAUCAGCAGCUGCAGCCACUGCCUCCUUGUCACGACUCCAAAGAAUCUAUGCAGGUGUACAAACAGCACUGCAAAAUAGCAGAAGAGUACCAUGAGGUCAAGAAAGAAAUUGCGCUGCUGGAAGAAAGAAAAAAGGAGCUGAUUGCCAGGCUGGAACAAGUGGAAAAAGAAAGCAUGGAUGCUGCUCAGCUGGCCAAGGAGUAUGCAGAACUGACAGAGGAGAACCGAACACUGAAGCUGGCCCAGACACAGUGUGUAGAGCAACUGGAAAAGCUCAGAAUACAGUACCAAAAGAGACAGGGGUCCUCAUAACUCUCAAUUAGUUUAUGUGAGGCAGUUAAUACAGGAUUGGUCCUGUGCUGGAAAGAGAUUUUAAAAUAAAGGUCUGUUUAAUAUGUUAUAAUACUUUACUACAGAUACAGAGUAUGUAGAAGUCUAUAUUUGAUUUAAUGCUUGCCAUCCAGUAGCUUAAUAUAAUGGAUAUUUCAUCCAUUAUAUAAUGGAUAUUUUAUUUCAAGUAACAUAAUUGAAGUUAAUCUAUCCCCAUUAUAUGUUCUAGUAGAUCAAGUUUCUUUUCUAAACAUAUUUCUUCCAAUUUAAGAAGAUAUGGACACACUAGAAAAUGAUAUAAAUAGUCUCUGUGUUGGAAAUUUGGACCAUACUAAGGCAUACAACAAGGACAAUGUUAAUAUAUGAAAUACAUGUAUGUUAAUUUUAGUUUGGUGAAGAUUUUUUUAAUUAUUUUCCUCAUGCCUGAAAUGUUUGGAAGUUAUAUUAAAACAGGUCUCCUCACUGGUAAAAACUAUACUUCAUUAUCCCAUGUCAGCUUUACAUUGCUGUGUAAAAUCUCAGAAAUUGCACAUUAAGAAUUGAAGUAACAUAAUUAUUUUUAUCAAAUGCAUGUACUGACAGUAAUAAUUUGCAAGUAAUGAAAUUAGAAGGAAACUAAUGAGGUCAGAAAUUCUUUCCUUGAGCAUAAAGGUAGCUGAGAGUCUUUUUAUUGUACUUUUGGGCAUGCAAGAAAUUAACAUAAGAAUACUACCAUCAUAGUUUCAAGUGAGAAUAUGUCCACAAAAAUACUGUGAGGAUGUUUUGUUCUUAUUUUAUGGCCUGUUUUGAAACAUAAAUGGCUGUAAGUAGGGACAGGAGUUCUAUCAUAUACAAAUAACCUGGAAGUAAAAUGUUAAUCUUAUUUGCUCUAUUUAUCCCUGUAUUUUCUUAGAUCAACUGAAAUUUCUUUGUUAUACUUCCAUUUCUAUUCAUACAGUAUUUUUUUCAUUAAAAGUGGAUAUGGAAAAGACAUUUUAUGUUCUGAAUAUUAUUAAAUCACCCUGUAUUUUUAACUCUG